AAGGCAUGCCGGAAGAGGAGCAGCUGGAGUUUGACCUAUACACGCGUGUAAACUGCAAUUUGAAAGCUGUAACAGUUUCAUAAUAGUAAUACAAUGUAAAUAUGGUUCUACCGGCAAUUCGGCAGCCUUUAACCUGGCGACAGGCUGUUUUUAAUUUUAAUGCAUGGAAGUCAAGAGCUCACGGCACAACAGUAGGGCCGUCGCCGCCAAAGAUUCUUUAUGGAUCAAAGUCUGGGACGGUAAUCAAACAGGGGCUGGGGCGUCAGGCCUUCGGGCUGUGUCAGAAAGAAGCCGCUGCAGUUACCCCCGUUCACACAGCCAGUGUAUCCAGCAGGAGAUAUUACUGUGCUGAGAGUGGGGGAGUAAGGGUGAGAUUUGCACCCAGUCCCACAGGUUUCCUGCAUCUGGGAGGACUCCGCACUGCUCUCUACAACUACAUAUUUGCAAAAAAGCACGGAGGGAGUUUCAUCCUGAGACUGGAAGACACAGACCAGAGUCGGCUUGUCCCGGGGGCUGCAGAGAGGAUAGAGGACAUGCUGGAAUGGGCAGGGAUACCACCAGAUGAAAGCCCUCGCAAGGGUGGCCCUUACAGUGCCUACCAGCAGUCUCAGCGUCUGGGGCUGUAUCAAGAGGCCGCCCAGACUUUAGUAGCCAACGGAGCGGCUUAUCACUGCUUCUGUAGCCCUCAGAGACUGGAGCUGCUCAAGAAGGAGGCCCUGCGAAACAGACAGACACCGAGAUAUGACAAUCGAUGUAGGCACCUGAGUCCUGGUCAAGUGGAAGAGAAGCUUGGACAGAAGCAGCCGCAUGUUCUGCGGUUCCGGCUGGAGGAGGGGGUCGAGCCCUUCCAGGACAUGGUUUACGGGUGGAACAGGCACGAGGUUGCCACUGUGGAAGGAGAUCCAGUGAUCAUCAAGGCCGACGGUUUCCCCACGUACCAUUUAGCCAACGUGGUUGACGACCACCACAUGCAAAUCAGCCACGUUCUGCGUGGCACAGAGUGGCUCAUCUCGACCUCCAAGCACCUGCUGAUGUACAGGGCUUUCGGCUGGGAAGCCCCCACGUUCGCCCACCUCCCCUUGUUGCUGAACAGGGAUGGAAGCAAGCUUUCCAAGCGGCAGGGAGAUAUCUUCAUUGAACAUUUCGCACUAGCAGGGUACCUGCCUGAGGCGCUGCUUGAUAUCAUAACCAACUGUGGCUCAGGAUUCACAGAAAAUCGAAUUGGGCGGACCCUGGAUGAACUUAUUGCUGAAUUCGAUAUGACCAAAAUAACAACCCAUUCUGCUCUGCUGGAUCUCGAGAAGCUUCCGGAGUUUAACAGGAUUCAUUUGCUUCGGAGAAUUAGCGAUGCUGAUCAGCGGCAGGCUCUGGUUAAGGAUCUGCAGGUUCUCAUAGAGAGGGAGUACAAGGAGCAGCUCACAGAGAAAGAUGUACUGCGGACAGAAUAUAUUGAGCGUGCCCUUCAGCUGAGGAAGGGUCAUAUAACCUGCCUUCAAGACCUGGUGUCCCCUGCCUACUCCUAUCUGUGGGUCAGACCCUCAGUGCCGCGAGAUCAGCUGCUGAAGGUUUCUCCCGAAGUAGACACAAUCAGCAAAUUGGUUUUAGAAUUGGUUGAAAAUUCUGUCUUAACGACUGAAAAACUGAGCGCAGAGUUGAAGGGCCUGCAGAAAAAGACAAAGGGAACGAAAUAUGGUGCGGUAAUGAAAGUCAUCCGACUGGCUCUGAGCGGACAACAGCAAGGCCCAAGCGUGGCUGAGAUGAUCGUGUCCCUGGGACCCAGAGAAGUUAGUGAACGUCUGCAGAGAGUCCUGAGCACCUGAUGUCAAUGUGUAGAUUUUUUGGUUGUGGACUUUGAUACACAAGGAGAGCUCUGGUGGUCCUGGAGUUGGCGCUUGUUCUGGGAGCUUUUCGAAGGACCUGUAACAAGAAACACUGUCGGCUGUAUCAUGAAAGUCAGUCUCAUGUGUAAAUAUUUGAAGGAUGUCUGUAAGGACAUUUUUGCAGACUGUGUGUUAAAUAAAAGAUGGGAGAAAUCUAUAUAUAUUUAUAAAAUGGCUUGGAUAAAUUAAGUGCUGUGAUUGGCUGAACAAAAUCACAUGACCGUGUGGUAAUAAUUGUCUUACCCCACGGGCUAUGACAUCAUAGACCGACUUACUUACUGACCUAUUAAUAUCAGCCAGUUGUGCGCUGCCCCCUAGGAACUCCUUGUCACGGUCAGCUGUGACAUAGCCUGGAUUCGAACUUGCGAUCUCCAGGCUAUAGGGCACAUCCUGCACUCCGCACACACCGCCUUUACUGGAUGCUCCACUCGGGAGCCCUCAUACAGUUGUACAUUUAUAAUAGAAUUUGUAAAAUGACAGCUUGGUGGGAUGGAUGAAAAGCUGAAAGAUUCUCAGGGAUAAAUGGAUAUUGUACCGUGGUUAUGUAAUAGUACUGUAGAUAAGUGGCUUACAUACACUUGCCUGAAUUUGAUUAAACUUUGCAUGGGUAUUUGUUUAUGUACUGUGAAUGUAGCUCGCUGUUACUGAAUGUACCAACACCUGCUUGGCUAAGCUGUUGAAAGGAAAACCAAUUGUCUGGUUUUCACUAAACUAUUUACUGUAUCUCUUGGGAUGGAGAAUAUCUGUUUUUUUUAAAUCUUUUUAUUGACAUACCUUGUAUAAUUUUCUGUUUUCAUGAAAAGGGUUUGCUCAACA